AUGCUAUUCGAUUAUUUGUUUAUGAUUUUCUUUCUUUCAAUAGGUCCUGCGGUCUCUUACUACAAGUCGUCCACUCCAACUUUUCACAGCGGUCACAUUUCCAAUAUCCGCUGUCUGGCAUCCGUGAACUCGUACCUCAUAUCUGGUGGUGGUCGUGGUAUGCUAGCUGUUUGGUCUCUAGACUCUGAUCGCACAAAUCACCCGGGUCUGGUUGGCUGGAUCUGCCUUGACACGGGGGUUCGUGAGUCCGGUCCUCUGCACUCCUGUCCAAUUGACAUAAAAGUCCGAAAUGCUACUUCAAUCUGCGAUCUUCGAGUUAUGACUUUGUUAGCUUAUCAAGUUGACUGGCAAUCUAUUUUCGUGAUUGCAGGAUGCUCAGAUGGAAGCAUUAGGUGA